AUGCCCGAUGUGCUCGCGUCCAUCGGUAACACGCCCUUAAUACGCGUCAACUCUCUCUCCGCCGCCACCGGGUGCGACGUGAUGAUCAAGUGCGAAUUCGCCAACCCGGGGGGCAGCGUGAAAGAUCGGGUCGCGCUUAGGAUCAUCACCGAGGCGCUGGAUUCCGGCGAGCUCGUCGAGGGAGGAACGGUCACGGAAGGAACCGCGGGCAGCACUGGGGUAUCGCUCGCGAUGGUGGCGAGGGCGCUGGGAUGCAACGCGCACUUGGCGUUACCGGACGACGCGGCGAUGGAAAAGCCGCGGCUGAUGGAAUCGUUCGGCGCGACGGUGGAACGCGUGCGUCCGGUGUCCAUCACGCACAAGGACCACUUCGUGAACGUGGCCAGACGACGGGCGGAGGAGUUGUGCGAAUCUGACGGCCGCGGUGCGGGGUAUUUCGCGGACCAAUUUGAGAACACGGCAAACUUUCGCGCGCACCUCGAGGGAACGGGUCCGGAGAUUUGGCGACACGGACGGCGGUUGGACGCGUUUAUAUGCGCGUGCGGUACCGGCGGGACCCUCGCGGGGAUCGCGAGGUACCUCAAAUCGAAGGACGAAGGCAUCGAGUGCCACCUGGUGGAUCCGCAGGGGAGCUCCCUGUACAACAAGGUGAAGAGAGGGGUCCUUUACAACCGGGUGGAGGCCGAGGGCAAGCGGCUCAGGAACCCAUUCGACACGAUCACCGAGGGCGUCGGUAUCAAUCGGUUGACCGACCGCGAGGCGGUGGAGAUGAGCAGGUACCUGGCGAGGAGGGACGGUCUGUUCCUUGGUUCGUCGUCGUGCGUCAACAUUGUUGGCGCCGCUAAGCUGGCGAGGCAGCUCGGGCCGGGCCACAGGGUGGUCACCAUAGCGUGCGACAGCGGUGUGAGGCAUCUGACCAAGUUUUGGUCCGGCGAGUACGUAGCCUCGCAUGGGCUGACACCGACAAAGUACACCAAGGAUGAUCCGUUCGAGUUUUUGGACGACGAGUGA